AUGAGCCAACUCAAUUCUCGCCCAACACGCUCUCGUCGUUCCAGUCCAUUUGUUUCCGCACAACGUAAUCCGAAUUCCUCUCCAGCUACAGUAGCAGAUACAGGUCGAAAAAGAACGUUUAUGGAUAAGUGGACGGAACCUCCUAUUCCUACUCCCAUGCCAUCUUUUGCAGAAGCUGGAAUGGAGAGGCAUGGAGUGGUCGCAAACAUGGCACCACUUGGAACGCGACCGAGCGCAAAAGCUGUUAAGUCUUCUGCCAAACCAGAGGUAGCAGAUGCGAAUGGAAGCAGACCAAAUGGCGUUACCGAAGUGAUGGAGGAUUCACUUCCGCCCUCUCUAUCGGCGACACCCCAGGCCGUACCCCAAGAAGCGAUGGAAACCACGGAAUCUAUUUCGAAUCUCCCGCGGAGAAGAUCCACAUCUACGAAGACUGAAGAACUCGAAAACGUAUCACCAUCAACACCUCAACAACCAAGAAGCGCGCGAAAAAGUGUCACUAGAUCGAGUGUCGCACCUCCCAGUGUACGAAACGAAAGUGAAGGACCUAGCCUUUAUGCAACUUCUCCAGUCCAGCGCACACCUCUUCCAAACGAGUCGCCUUCUACAGCUUCCUAUCAUGCUCACAAAAUGAGUAAUUAUACAUAUGAUGAAAGAGACGAGGCUCGUCAAAGGGAGGGUCGGGCUCGUGCAGUUGAGGCGGCUUCUCGCAGAAAAACGGCUAGAAUUGUUGAGCUGGCUGUCUCCCACGCGAUCGAGGAGCACCGUUGGUGUACUGCCUAUGCUUUACGGGAACUUUACGAUGAGGAUCCUGAAAAUUUCGGCAUACUUGUUGAAAAGCAGGUCUACGAGGAGGCUACGGAAGAAGAGGUUCGAGAAUUUUACAGAUUGAUUGGGCUGAAGAAGAAGGAAGGCAGAAAGGAUAAGGCUGCGGAAUAUUAUUUUAAUGGAGAUGGUAGCGACCCUGCACCCCAUCGACCACGACGUCAAGUUCAACAACCACCGGCCCAACCUGUAUACCAUUUUGCCCCCAUAUUCGAGGCAAAAAGAACUACAUACGCUUCGCCAUAUGCUAAAGCAACGACGACAUAUACCUCACCAUAUGCUCAGCCACCUCCACCACCACCAUCUGCUUCUACUAACAAACCUCCAACGCUAGGAACUGCUGAUUCUGUCAGACGCUCAUCAGAUGCUAAACCAGCCUCUACAUCUGGAUCCCCAAGAAAACCGGGAGAUCAUGGCCUUUACCCCAAUAAAAAGCACAAAGGAAAUGGUUUUGCAGCUGUAAAUGAGGAUGUCAAUGGAAAAUUAGAUGCAAGUGCAACUGGACCUGGAAUCGGAAAUAGAACUGAUGGAAUCACGAAGAAGCAACAGAACGGAGUUGCGUCGGCUUCUUCUUCCGUUCCCGUUUUGUCAUCCCCACUGCCUAAAUUAUCAGAUCGACCAAGAGCAGUUUCAAUUUCAAGCUCAUCAUCAUUAUCUUCAGUUGAUGAACAAAUUCUCGAUAACGAUGAGUAUGAUCCUAUGGAUUUUGACCACGCUCAUAAUCAUGCUGGCACAGCAAAGCCUUCGGAUGGUUUCGAACAAUCUAAGGGUCAGGGUAUUGUUGGGGCGGGUAACGCCAAUGCCAACGCCAAAUUUGGUGCGUCCGUGUCAACCGAGACCCAGUCAAAUGCUGGAGGGUCAAUUAAUCAAAAACGACCAAUCAAAUCCAAAGAUUUGUCUAGGUUCGAAUCAGACACAUUUUCAUCCACGGUAAAGAAAACCAAUAAUAAGAGUCGAAGUCGGAACAAAUCUAAAACUUCGUCACCCGCGCCUCCAUCCUUCCAAGCUAUCAAUAUUCCGACCAGAUCUCACAAUACAUCUAACAACUCAAACUCUCGUGUUGAUAGUGACAAUAAUCAGGCCAAUCCAAACAUGGCACCUGAAUUAAUACGUACCUCAUCAUCAUCUUCGGUUGGAUCAGUACCAAUAUUAAAGCCAGUGGUGCCUAAAAGGCCACAAAUUGUUUUCAAGUCAAAGAAGAAGCCACAGGCAGUUGAUCGCCCUACUUAUGAAGAGAGCGAGAUGGUUGGUAAAUGGAAGCGCAAGGCGCGAGAGAUUACCAACGGUAUCACUGAGGAUAUACGAACUGAGAGCUUUGUUCGUCCAGAUAUACAGCCAAGAAGUGUCACUCCUCCAAGUUUUCGUAGACCUGUUGAGUAUGCAUCUGAUGAUGCAGAUUCUGUUUCCAUUCCUACUGCAUCUGCAACAGCUUCUAGUCGUCCAUCCAAAACUAUUCGACUGGGCACUAAGAACGAUCGAGCUAGUAGAAGACAAACUACUACUGCUCCUGUCAACAAUUACGAUUCAGAAAUGAGUUCACCGACAGGACUUGGGUUUCAACCAGACUUACCUCCUGGAUCGUUACCAAAUUCACGUGCCGGCACACCCUCAUCUAAUCGACCAUCUAGAAAGGCAAAGAAUGGCACAGGUUUACGUGUCAAAACUUCACCAAUGAAGAAAAAGAGUGGUCCUUCAGCUGGUAUCCCAAGAGCAAGCGGUGAAAGAGAUAGUCCAGUUGGAGGUUAUUAUGCAAAUCAACAAGCUAGUGGAACUAUUGGAGAAAACGACGAUUAUUGUGCAGCUUGUGGAGGUAACGGUAAAUUACUUUGUUGUGAUGGAUGUACUCGCUCCUUCCACUUCAAAUGUGUGGAUCUUUCACCAGACUCACCAACCUUAACAACGGAAGAAUGGUUCUGUAACGAAUGUCUUGCACAAAGUGUUCCUCGAUCUAAGGAUGAAGAAGUUGGCUAUUUUGGCCCUUUGUUGGCAAACAUGGAGAGAAAGAAUCCAAGCGCUUUCCAUCUUCCAAAGGCAAUUCGGGAAUAUUUUGAGAAUGUCAAGACCGGAACUGAAGGGGAGUAUGAAGAAGGUGUUGUACAAAAACCAAAGAAUAACCGUGGCUACGAUGAAGCUCCGGAUUACUUUAAGCUAAAGGACAACAAAGGAAAUCCAAUUCUCUGUCAUGGAUGUCACCUCUCAGCUGUUCAUCCAAGUCGGGCAAUUAUUCCUUGCACUUAUUGCAGUCUCUCAUGGCAUUUGGACUGUUUGGACCCUCCACUUGCAAAAGAGCCUCCACCUGGAAGAUCUUGGAGAUGUCCAGCUCAUGUUGAUGAUCUUCUCGAACAAGUACCAGGAUCUUUAGGCCCAGCCCAUCGUUUCCGUAAGAUCAAAGGAGCUUCACUCAUUAAGCCUGUUCUUGCUCGUGGCGUUAGAAAUAAUGGUCAUAUCGAGAUUGAGAACACUACUUCUGAAGACGAAGAUCAAGGCAGCGGGUUUUAUGAGCAGAGAGAGUAUGGCCAUGUGUACAAGCUUCCAGAGGAGGGUAUCAAACUCGACUUCAUCUCACGUGUUCACCGUGAAUUUGGACAUUACAACCAACGCGGCUUUGUAAACAAUCGGGCAUCUACUUCGAAACCACGAUUACAAACUGCCGAAUUUGACAGUCGUAGUCUCGAUGAACAGCAAGCUGCUCUCAAUCUUGCAUAUCUGGCCACUGCAAAUCCAACGAUUAACCUUACACAAACCCUUAUUGAUGCCUUAAUUUCCGAAGCCGAUGAACCAGUUAUUAAGUUAAUCGCAAAAGGAGACGCCUCCAAGCUCUCCAAGAAAAAGCCAUUAACUCAAGCUGACAAAUCAUCUUUGGUUGCUAUGACCGCUUUCCUUCAAGAACGUCUAGCUUCGACCUCCGGCGAUGUUGAUAGCGACGACGGCAUGAUAGUGGAUAAUCAAGAGGGUGACUUGUGA